AAAGUUUGGUUGUUGAGAGUCGCGCCGGGUGCCACACGUGGAGACGAUGGAGGCGGUGGAUACGGAGCAGCUACGCAAGGCUAUUAAUGCAUUGAAGGAAUACGUGAAGAAAAGCAAAAGUGAUGCAAAGCUAUUUCUGAACGAAGAUGAGACUAUACUGCUAAAAGUCACAGUGUGGAAGAUUGCAAAACGGGAGCAAACAAUAAAAAUAAAUCUGCCUCAUAAAGUUCGAUCGGAGACAAAGGAAAUUUGUCUCUUCACUAAAGAUGAACCAAACAUGACUGCUGAUCAGACUCAGAAAUUCUAUAAAAAUCUUCUCGAUAAGCAUGGGAUUAAGAAUAUUACACAGAUCAUUCCAUAUAAGGUACUGAAGACAGAAUACAAACCAUUUGAAGCAAAGCGUCGCUUGUUGAGCAGAUUUGACCUGUUCCUGGCAGAUGAUCGAAUCAGACGACUUUUACCUUCUCACGUGGGGAAACAUUUUUACAAGUCUAAAAAAGUACCUCUACCAGUUAAACUGUCUUCAAAGAAUUUUGCAAAAGAACUGAAUAAAAUAAUCCAGGGUACAAUCCUUCCAAUCAACAACAAGGGCAGCUGUUAUGCUUCCCAGGUAGCUCACACUGGGAUGAAGUUGGAGGAGGUAGUGGAAAAUGUAACUGCUGCUAUUCGCACUAUUGAAGUAAAGUUGCCCCAGCAAUGGAAAAAUGUGAAAAUUCUUCACCUGAAAACUGCAAACUCUCCUGCACUUCCUAUAUAUACAUCUGAUAUGUAUAACCUUAAGGAGCUUCAAAAGAACAAUCCCAAGAAACAAAAAAAAACUAAUAAACGCAAGAAAACGAAAAAAGUUGAGAAUUUGGAAGUUCCAACUGACCUACCAUCAUCUCAGGUUACCAAUGUCCUUGUAGAAGCAGUGGAAGAAAACUCAGAAAACAUAAAACUGGGAAAACAUGCUGACCAGAAACAUUGUGCAGAAGAAGAAAUACCACAACUGGUUCCUAUUGAAGAGCAAACACCCGCAAAGAAAGCGAAAUUGCAAAAAUUGCAAGGAGAAUGCCACAGCACACCAAAGGCAGUUGAUGAAAAUGAGACCCCAGCUGGUAAGAAAUCACUGCAAAUAAAAUGCAAAACACCACAGAAAACGCCUAACAAAAAUCCAGGAAGUCUAAAACCAGAUACUCCAGGGAAAAAAGAGAAAGGCCUUGAGACACCAAAAACAGAAGUGAAAAAAAAUGAUUCCUCUUUGGAGAAAAGCGCACGAAAGAAAACAGCGAAAAAACAUGAGAGGAAGUCGCUUGGAAUCCCAAAAACAAUGAAAACACCCAAAAAGAAAGAAAAGCAAAGGAUUCCACAGUCUGUAUGAGUUUUACCCAUGUAUUUUUGAGUAGUGUAAUUCUCUUUUACUCAAACAUUGCCAAUAAAUUCUUUACCAUGACAGGUGGUCUAUUUGUAGAAACAUUGUGUUUAUUAUAACUGUUUAAAUGCACAUGACAAAGUUUAAUAAUGUAAUGAGAUCGUUCAUUGACCACUCUGGUAACUAUAUAAAAACAUGUCUAGUUGGACUUAUUGGCAUAGAUAUCAUGAUCUGUGCAUCUUUCAUGGGAAUAAAGUUAACUUACAAUUUACAGUAAAAUUUUAAAUUAAAGGGCACACAAUCAUUGUUGUAACCAAAAAUAUAAUUUGAGCUUUAUAGUGCCUUUAUUUCUCUCCUUAUCCCUCUCCUUAGCAUGUCAUACUUUCCUUAGUCCAUCUGCCAUUUUCUAACCAAGGGACAUGGAUUUGGUAUGUUUGUGUCAUGCUCUGGAUGAUAAUUGAAUGUCUUUGUCCCCCAUUUUGCCUCUUUGUCAUUGUUGCUCCAUAGAAGAGCAAUUGACCACAAUACAGCAGUCUUGCUGAUGACUCAUUAGAGACAAGUAUUCAUUACGUAGAAUGAAUGACUGUAAUCAAAACAAUUGCCGAAUUAGCGUCUUGACAAAGGAAUGACAGAAAUGGCCAACUGUUCUUUAAAUUUUAAUGUCAACUAAUGCUGCGCAUUGUAACAUUGUGCAAAAGCAUUUCUCAUUUUCUGUGUGACAGGUGAAUCAGGCAAGGCAGACUGUUAAAUUUUAAUGACACUUUAGUAUAAUAGGGAAAUGCAUUGCAAGAAUUCUGUUAAAAUUCCAAUGCACAAGAACUUAAUUCAGUACGAUUUAAUGUAUGCCCAUAUUAGUGUUGAAUUUGGCUCAUCCUCAUUUGUCGUUACCCUGUGUGGAACGUUUGCCAUGAGAACUGUCAAUUGAAAUGUAAACUCAUGUCAGAACUUUGUUUAUUAAUAGUAUAUUAGGCUUCCAGAAACCAAAUAAAAUUUUUUUUAAUUGU